AUGGCAGAGCUCACGAGCGCGUACGACACGCUCAUGGACCCCCGGAAGCGCGCGGCGCUGGACCAGGCCUCCGCCUCCGCGGCCGCCACGGAGCAGCGGUCGCCCAGCGGCGCCGGCGCCCCGGGUGUCGGGAUGCAGGUCGGUGACGUGGUUUUGCAAGUGACCAUCAGUCACUACACGUUCGCGGGCAACUGCGUCGGCAUUAGGAAGCACCCCAUCUUCUUCUGCGCCUGCACGGCCGACGCGGCGCCGUCCCGGCAGGCAGCGGCGGCCCGGGGGACGGCGCCUGCAGAGGAGCGCUUACCGCCGUGUCCUCGGCAGCAGGCUGGCAGUUGA